AUGCAUAAUGGUGAGGAAGGGGAUACAAUGCAUCCAAUUGCCUCAUCUAUGCUCACCAGAUCUUACUACGGUAAGAGUAGGGGUGAUGCAAAUACCUUUAUCGUGGCAUCAGCCUAUCUACCAUACGACUCUAUUGAACCACCUCCCAGUCAGGAGGUAAUCAGACUGAUGGAGUAUUUUAGGACGAAAAAGCUAGAAAUUGUCAUAGGAUGUGAUGCGAACGCAAACAACAUUGUGUGGGGUAGCAGCGAUAGUAACAACAAAGGGGAAUCUCUCCUCGAGUUUGUUGAAAAAUACAAUCUGAUGAUUGUAAACGGGGGGUUAGAACCUACCUUCGUUGACGCACGAAGGUCAGAAGUUAUUGACCUAACCCUGUGCUCAGGGGCAAUGACAGAGAAAAUUGAGAAAUGGAGUGUCGCUGAUAGACUAACAAUGUCGGAUCAUCGGGCUAUACACUUUGAGAUACUCUGUCGUCCGAAACGCACUAAUAGUCAGAGGCUAGUAAGAAUUUCUGAGAAUACUGAUCAGGUAACGUACUUGACGUUGUUAACGGAAUUAUUACAAAACAGGCCGCUGAGGAAACUCAAGACCACAUGGAAUGUAGAGACAGAAGUCAAAGCAAUUACUGCUGCGAUGAUUAAUGCAUUCGAAAACGCUUGUCCCCAAACCAGCAUUGCAGAAAAGACACCUUGGUGGAGUCAGGAUCUUGAUGUAAUAAAAAAGCAGACAAGGAAAGCCUUUAAUAAAUACAUGAGGGAGAAGAACUCCGAAUCAUGGGAUCUGUAUAAGGCCAAAAAGCGUGAAUUUAAGAAAGCACUACGCAACCGGAAACUGGAGUCGUGGCGGAAUUUCUGUUCGAGCAUGAAGAGGACCUCAGAAGUAAGUCGGUUACAAAAGAUGGUCACCAAAGAUCCGGUCUAA